CGAAUGGCGCGCGACCUUCGUAAAAAUAAAACAGUCGUGUACUGAGUGUUGUUGAGUGUAGAUCACUCCUUUGAAUCUUUCACGUUAUUCAAACAUUUAAUGUUCUUACCUUAUUCACGUAAUAAUUUCCGGAUUUUUUGCGCAAUCGCGAAUACAAUACAUCUCUAAAUUUUCCCUCUCUUCCUGGAGCAUCAUCACUACGCAAUCUCCGAGUGUCAACAUCGAGAAGAAGCAUUUUCCACACCCUCCUUUUCUUCAUCCUUCAUUAAAUCAUCACUCUGAUCCGUCAAGACAAUUGUUUCAUGACAAGUCUAGGUUAUUAACCGUCUAAAAUUUCUGCUUAAAUACGGAAGUGAAUGAACCAAGGGUUGUUUUAUUGUAUUUCGGCGGCACUUAAAGUGCACCUGACGUUGACAGUUCAACUUUAGUAUGAUUUAGUGUUCCUAAAUUUCUAAAUAACAGAAAGAAGUAUUAAUCCUUAUUAAUAAAGUAAUUUAUUGAGUUGAAAACAUCUACGGAAAGUGAUAGUGGAUUCUGCUAGCUGGGAAAGCCUAAAGAGUCAAGAUGGAUUUCAAGUUCAACGUAAAUAGACUCUUGCCUCGUAAGAUUAACAAGAUAACGCAUACAUUGAUUCCCGAGGAUUUUAGGCCUGGAGAUCGAAGAGAAUAUAAUGAAUCCCAAAGACAGUUGUCGAGAAUCAUAGAUGAAAUGGGAGAAGCAUCAGCACAAGCUCAGGGACUCAGUAAACCUAUCACAAGCGCAGCGAAGCUCAGGGAUACUGAUCACAUCGUUUAUCUUCUUGUAGACAACGCAGGCAACCAAGGUUUCGGAACUGUUGUGGGACUUUUGAAGACUGGAUCGAAAAACCUUUUUAUGUUUGAUGAAACUGGUGCUCAUUAUCAACUACAACCUCGUUGUGUUCUUGAUUUUUAUGUACAUGAAACUAAACAACGGAUGGGAUUUGGAAAGGAUCUUUACCAAUACAUGCUUGCAGAAGAACAAAUUAGGCCAGUUAAGUUGGCGAUCGAUAGACCAUCGGAAAAGUUUUUGCGAUUUCUUCGAAGACAUUAUGGACUUGAUGGAAUCAUUCCUCAGAAUAAUAAAUUUGUUGUUUUCCAAGGUUUCUUUGAUGACGAAUGUCAGGACGUCAGAGGAAGUAGAUAUUCUUUGCCGACUAGAGGAUCUAUAGAUUCCUCUUACAGCUAUAAUAACAACAGUAAACCUUCAUCUGCUACAAGCAAUGGACAUUCCAAUCUUCAUUCAGGAGUACCAAGAAGCUCUUACGGACGAUAUGCCGCUGCAAGGCCACCUUGCUCAAUGGCAAAUAUAAUACAUAACGCUCCAAUGUUUGGCCAAGCAGCCGAACGAACUGGUGAAGUCCCUUCAACACCUGGUCCAAAACUGGAGCGCCCACGAUCUUUAAGUCUUUAUUCUGAACCAGAGCAGAAUCAACGUAAUAAUGAAAUAUCAACCGUCCCAACGCCAGCAAUUGAAUCAAAGCCAACACCAAUAACUCGCGAAAUCUCUAUUGAAACUGAACCUAUGCCAGAGCCUGAACCAGAACCUCCAUCAGAGCCUGAGCCAGAACGUGAACCGACGCCUCCAGAACGUCAGCCAACGCCAAAACCACCAGAAUCAGCAUCGAAAAAAUCUCAUUCAGCACUCAGUAAAUCAGCAUCAAAUAAAAGCUUGAUAUCUAUUCAUUCAGAAGAGCAAAAAACGUCGUCGAGUAUCAAGCCAAGUCCCUCAUGUGCUCAAGAAGUUGCUGGAAAUCAAUCUGGCCAUUUGGAUCUGAAAUUUUAUCAUUCUCCACUGUGGUAGAUUUUAUUACAAAUAAAGAACAAUUAAGUCCAAGUGUAGAAGAAUUUACUUCGUGAAAAUUAAUCAGUGAUUUUCUGUUCUACAUUAUUCAACGGAAACUACAGAUCAAUGCAGUAAUGAACUAACACCCACUGUAAUUCAAUAAUCAAACUUAUUCGUUAAUUAAUCCAUUUAUUAAGCUGUGAAUUGCUUUAUUGAAUCACUAGUCAUAAAGCUCAUGGAUUAAUUAAUUAAUUAAUAAAAGAUGCAAAGGUCGCUAACUCUGGCUGUGUAAUUCAAAAUAUUUAUUGAUAAUCAAAUGAAUCUAUAAAUUAUAUUUAGUUGUAUCAUUUUAUCUAAUUUAUUAAUAACUACUCACAAAGCACAGACACCUUUAGGUGUGCACAAAUAUGCUAAUUGAAAAGAACUUACUUAUUCUAGCCUUUAGGAAUCAUUUAGAGUAUUGUUGAGUAGAUAAUAUAUUUAUUUAAGUUUUAAUUUAUUAAAUAUAAUAUAUAAAGUAUAAAAAUUAUUAAAUAAACACUCUAUUAUAUUUGUUAGUUAGUUUCAAUAGAUUUGUUUAUUCAUCAAUCACUGAUAAAUCUUUCAGGAUGAGUAAUUCGAGGGCUAUGUUCUGUCUCUGCUAUAAAGACUUCGCAUAAGGAUGAAAAAAAGUCCAAAAUAACUUUAUAUACAUAUAUAAUAAUUGAAACUAUUAAUUGUAAUCAUUAUAAUUAGACACAAUAUUGAUUUUAUUUCAAUUAUAAAAUUUAUUCAUUCUCUACACAAUAAAAAUCAUUUGGUAUUAGAUAAUGUAAUCAGACUUGAAAGACAGUAUUCGAUGCAAUAUACAAAAGCUACGUGUCAAAAAUACAUUUCUUUAUGUUUAUAAUUUAUACAAUAAAAUAAAACCUUAAAUAAUAA